AUGGCCUCACUGGAAAAAUUAAACUUCAUCACCGGCAACAAAAACAAGCUAGCAGAAGUGAAAGCGAUAUUAGGGACUGUGAUCGACGUUGAAAACCAAGCAGUUGACCUUCCUGAGAUACAGGGUACGAUAGAAGAAAUUGCCCGGGAGAAAUGCCGACGUGCAGCAGAAGUGGUGAGUGGCAUUUCAAAGGCUGAAUCUGCACAGCUCUAUCACACAGACUCACCUCGGUCAGGUCGGAGGCCCGGUGUUGACGGAAGAUACUGCGCUUGA